AUGCUAAGAACAUCCGACUAAUACCAAAUAUGCUGUUCGCAGACACAUACAUUCUUUUUUCCUAAACGAGAUGCCUACAAUAUAAAAAACGAUUCAUGAGUUGAACAGGGUACUUCAAGCGGACGAGGAAGUAAUUUGUGAUAUGGCGACGUAAGUACUUAGCGGAAAUGCGGAAGUACAGAUACGAAAAUAGGAAGAUAUAUUAUCUCAAUGAAACGUGGGUGAAUGAAGGAUACACUACGCCAAAGAUAUGGCAAGAUAUGAAUAUUACCAGUCGUCAACAGGCCCUUCAAGGAUGGAUUUUCUAUAGCACCUACAUAAGACUAAUAUCCUUCAUUUACUGUUCUUCUAGAUGCUUGAAUUUAUUGAAACUUCAUUCCAGGUAAAGGGCGGAGGCUUAUUGUAACACAUAUUCGCAGCGAUGAAGGGUUUCUGGACAAAGGUAUUACUGACAUUUGAGUCCAAAAAGACUGGAGAUUAUCACGACGAUAUGGAUGCAAAUAGAUGUGAAGCAUGUUUCAAAAGCAUUUUGCCGGAUAACCCUUCUGCUUCAGUCGUGGUAAUGGAUAAUGCUCCAUAUCACAGUCGCCGACUAGAAAAGUUCCCUACUAGUUCAUGGCGAAAAAGUGACAUAAUAAAUUGGCUCAAGACCAAAAAACAUUACAUACAGGAAACAAAUGCUUAGAAUUGAACUCCUUAAUAUCGCUAGGCAAAACAAACCCACAUCAAUAUUGUACGCUAUAGAUGAAAUGACUCGCCAGCAUGCCAUUAUUGUUCAUCGCUUACCACCCUAUCAUUGUGAACUAAAUCCAAUCGAGUUAGAUAUGGGCGCAAGUCACAUGCGGAAUAGCAAGGAACAAUACAACCUUCACGUUAGCGGAUGUCAAGUUAUUGUUACAAAAUGCUAUCAACAACAUAUCCAGCGAGAACUGGCAAAAAUGUAUGCAACACGUCAUCAAGGAGGAGCAGAGAAUGUGGGAUCUGGAUACUCACAUAGACAUUAUUGUUGAACCAGUUGUGAUUGAGAUAAAUAGUCCGGAUUAUUGUCAUGUUGAUGCAAACACCACUCACAAAAACCGCACUCUUGCUGGAAAAAUCGUCAGGUUGAAGGGCUUGUACACGUUGGACGUGAAAACGGAUACAGCCCCUCUUCACGCAGCGUUUGCCACACUUUAUUUUUGAUACUUCCACGUCUCUAGUGCUUGUUGAGGGAUUCUCGUCUACGCGAUUACCUCUACACCGCGUGACCGUAACCGUCGG